AUGUUUGGAAUUAAACUUUUAUUAAUUUUACUGCUUCUGAUCCUUUUGACGAUUUCUGGAACUUUGGUUUUCAUCAAAGGAUUUCUGCUAUCUAGAAGUGUCAUUGAAACUAAAAGUCAGUGUUCACCGGAAUUUGCCCUCCGAGCCGAAGAUCAUUCGCAUCAUGGUGUCGAAGGUUGCUGGAUGCAUGGCAGGUUUAAGAGAGCAAUAAUUGUCAUCAUUGAUGCAUUGAAAUAUGAAUUUAUGGCAUUCAAUUCCUCACUACAACAAAAUGAUGUCACACACUACAAAAACAAGCUGCCCUCUAUACACCAGUUGUUGAAACGAAAACCUCUAAAUUCACGGCUUUAUAAAUUUAUUGCCGAUCCACCAACAACAACAAUGCAAAGACUAAAAGGACUUACCACCGGCAGUUUACCAACCUUUGUUGAUGCAGGGGCAAAUUUCCACAGCUAUGCAAUAACUGAAGAUAAUUUGAUUGAUCAAAUGCUGAGGCAAGACAAAAAAGUGAAAUUCUUUGGAGAUGAUACCUGGCUGAGUUUGUUCCCAGGAAAAUUCUCUAAGUCGUUUGAUUUCCCUUCAUUUGAUGUGAAGGAUCUGCAUACAGUAGAUAAUGGAAUACUGACACACAUAUAUCCUGAGAUGAGGCAGUCCAACUGGGAUGUCAUUAUAGCUCACUUUCUUGGUGUUGAUCAUUGCGGUCACAAAUAUGGCCCCAACCAUUCUGCAAUGGCAGAGAAACUGACACAGAUGGAUGCAGUGAUCAGAAAUAUCACUGAGAUGAUGCGAGAUGACACAGUGCUGUUUGUGAUGGGAGAUCAUGGAAUGACAAAGACUGGGGAUCAUGGUGGUGACAGUGCUGACGAGCUGGAGGCUGGUCUUUUCAUUUACAGCCCUGCCCAGAUUACACACACCCCACAGAAGGAGGAUGAGAAUGUUGCUGUCGCACAAACUGACUUUGUACCUACUCUAGCCUUGUUAAUGGGUUUGCCAAUACCAUUUUCUAAUCUGGGAAUGGUCAUACCAGAGCUGUUUGGUCACUGCCCGUGGUGGGAUACGGGGUCGAAUGAGAUUCGUCGUGUCUACCACAGAGUGAAGGCCCUGAGACUAAAUGCCCAACAAAUCAGCACAUACCUGGCAACUUACCAGCAGAUAGCUUCAGACCUGCCUGUACCCCAGCUGAGGUCUUUGCAGCAACAGAUCAACAAAGCAGAAAGUGAUGUUCAGAACUUAAUCACAGCAAUGAUUAAAGAUGGAGCCACUGAUGAUGCUUUGCAUAAAUUCAUUGCUUUAGAGGAAGCAUACAAGUCCUAUAUCAGAGAAGCUAGGGAAACAUGUGAAGGUGUUUGGGCCAAAUUUGACCUGAAGUUGAUUGUAACAGGACUUCUAACAGUUGCAGUUGGAGUUUCACAAAGUUGUUACUUCUUUGUUGCAUGGAGCAAUUCUGAUGACAGCUUCCCAACGCUAGCCAAAUUUUUGAUUGGGGGAUCAGCACUGCAUCUGUUUUACCUGACUCUACACAUGUUGUUCUUUCCUGAAACAGUUCCACCUCUCAUGGCAGUCAUUCUUGCCCUGGUGCUCAUAUUUGUGAGUGUUGUUGGUAUUAAAAACAGUCCCCUUAUCAAUAAUAUCGAGAUGAGAAGGUAUCUAACCAUCGACAACAUUAUAUCAAGUCUAAUUCUUAUCAUGAACUGCUGUCUCUUUUUCUCCAACAGUUUUAUAGUUUAUGAAAAUGCAGUAACUAUGUUCUUCAUGCAGACAUUAAUUGUAGUAGUUUUUCUGAAAAUUAUAUUUAAAAACUUUUCUGUUCAGAGGAAAGAAGCUUUGAAACCUGAUAUUGGAAGACAGAUGCGCAAGUCAAAAGCAGCAAACUAUGAUCUACUUCAUGUUAUUACCCAACCUUCGACUGCUGCCUUUAUUGUAAUUAUCAUUUGUUGUAUUGUUUUAAGAAUAGCUUCCAGCUUUUACUCCUGCAGAGAAGAGCAGCAUUCUUGUGAAGAUUCUACUUUUAUAUUACCUUUAUCUUCUUUGGACGAAAGGACAAGGAAUCAGAGGUACCUCUUCAGUGUGUUCUGUAUAGCAGCGAUGGUGACUGCAGUCAGGUAUUGGCUCAAACACUAUGGGAAUAUGAACGGAAUGGGUGCAGGAGUUACUGCUGCAUACUAUGGCCCUCCUUUGGCCGCUUUAUUCAUUGUCUUCCACUGGGCAUUGCAAGCACUUCCACAGUCGGUGCUGGAUUCAUUUCCCCGGUGGCAACAAGUACUGAUGGCACAAAUUGUCUAUGCCAUUAUCAUCGUGUGCCUCAUUGUCAUCUUGUCAUCACCAGUGCUUGUGUACUUACUUCCCACAAGGACAGACUUUCAAAUCCCCUAUCAAGCCCACUUCAAGCACAUAGUUCCCACACUGUACAACCAGCUCAAAGUUCAAUUAAGUGAGAGCGAAGGUGGCAGCAGUGAUGCCAAUAAAGCUCCAGUGGUGUAUGGACUGGGUUCUGUCUACAGUUCUAGUGUGGUCCUUCUGGUGUCUGUAGUGAGUUUGCUGUUGGCCCUCAUGCUGGGUGAUGGAAUUGCUCCAAGUCUUCUUUUAGCCACAGUGCUUCUAUAUCUUUUCCUGGAGCUGUAUUCUGUUUCUGUGAACAGUCAGGAGCUUGAUUCAGUGAAUGAAGGGCCCACUUGGUCUGGUAUUGUGAUGCUGAGUCUUCUGUCAACCAUUUUCUUCUUUGCCACUGGCCACCAAGCAACAAUACCCAGUAUUCGAUUUGAGGCGGCCUACACUGGUUUUUAUGGAGACUUCAACACACUGCUUCUUCCAGGAUUCCUUAUCUGGCUAAAUACGUUUUCUGGGCCAAUAAUAUUCAAUCUUGCCUGGCCACUUUUGAUAUUCUGGCCUCUGCUGUCCAGUGCUUUGAUGAAAAUGAUGGUCAAAAGGACAUUCCAACAGAAGCAGAAUGAAGGAAGUUGGAAAGGAGACUUCAGACUGUAUGAUAAUGCCACACUGUUGAGAAAACAUCUCUUCAGAGUAUGCUGUGGAAUGAUAGGCAUUGCUUCAGUGAAGUUAUUGGCAGCAGGUUGUGCCGCAGCUCUGCACCGUCGACAUCUCAUGGUGUGGAAAAUCUUUGCCCCAAGGUUCAUUUAUGAGGCAGCUUUCUUCACGACUUCAUCUGCCUGUGCCAUUUUGGCAUUUUUAUUUGUUCUCAGAGUGGACAGUGCUCUUUCGGCAUUUAUCAGAAAGUUGCCAACUAAAAAGCAGAGUUAA